AUGAAAAAUCCCGUGUUAGUAUUUGGCGCGUACAAGCGAGUUGACAGGAAAAUCAAGCCAGUACCUGGAGUAUACCCAGAAGAUGCCAAGGUAACCAGGCAGUUUCCUCGCAACCCUCUGACUGGCUUGACAAAAUUACCGGAGCGCCCACCAGAUUUUACUCCAACUCAGAAAAUAACCCAAGAACGCAUGAAUGCUAUGGACAUAAAUAGUGAUCACUACUUAUGGCCAGAAGAG